AUGAAUGCGCUAGAGGAUAUACCAGUGACAAGAUUAAAAGAGCUGGAUAGCGUACCCUCUGCUGUGCUUCAGUCCGUUCCGAUAAAUGUAUUGAGGACGGUGCCAGUGCCAAGGCUUAUAAUUUUGAGCAGUGUACCAACUUCUGUGCUCCAGUCAGCACCGAGGAACGUUCUCGAGAAGGUUCCCGUGGCACGGCUCAGGCAAUUUGCUGCUGUGCCGCCGAUUGUCCUACAACGCGCACGCUUUGAUGUGCUGAACAACCCACCAAACGAUGUUCCUGUCCAUGUGCUAGAGCACACACCAGUGGAAGUUUUACAGACGGUAGAGACCACGUCCUUGUCUGGUCUAGGCGAAGUACCGCCUCGUGUGCUUCAAUCGGCGCCGGCAAGAGUUCUGCAGGACGUGCCAGUGGCACGGCUCAGGCAAUUUGCUGCUGUGCCGCCGAUUGUCCUACAACGCGCACGCUUUGAUGUGCUUAACAACCCACCAAACGAUGUUCCUGUCCAUGUGCUAGAGCACACACCAGUGGAAGUUUUACAGACGGUAGAGAUCACGACCUUGUCUAGUCUAGGCGAAGUACCGCCUUGUGUACUUCAAUCGGCGCCGGCGAUAGUGCUACAGAAUAUACCGGUGUCAAAACUAAAACUUCUAGGCAUCGUGCAUCCCAGCAUCCUAAGAAAGACCCCACUUGACGUGUUACAGCGAUUUCCUGCUAAUGUUCUGGCGUCUUCAUCGGUUGAAUCCGUACCGGACCUAGGAAUGGAUGAGUUGUGUCAGGGCGCUGUGGCGAAAAACCUUGGGCCGUUAAGGCAGGCAUCCCAAGCACUACUUGACGGAGCGGACUAUGCUGAAGCACUUCCGCCAAAUGGCAGCCCAGCUGAGCAGGCAUUUUGGGCCACAAGAUUGAACGAGCGACUGGAAAUAUUUGGAAUUCAAGUCAGCUGGGUUCAGUUUUCAAAAGUGAACAUUGCUGAGAUGCAGAGGGAUUAUUAG